AUGAUCUUCAUGUUUAUGUUAUUGAGCUGGUCUUCUGAUGGGCUUUCUGGGAGAAGGGAUAGUUCCAUGUGUAUCAUCUUAUUUCCCCCUUUGACUUGGUGGGAACUUUAUAGUAAUAACGUAAGUGGACCAAUUCCUAGUGAUCUUGGGAAUUUGACUAGCUUGGUGAGCUUGGAUCUUUAUUUGAAUAGUUUCAGUGGUCCUAUUCCAGAAUCUUUAGGCAGGCUGACAAAAUUGCGAUUCCUCCGGCUUAACAACAACACCUUGACGGGUCCUAUUCCUAUGUCAUUAACUAGUAUCACAUCACUUCAAGUCCUGGAUCUAUCAACUAAUCAUCUCUCUGGUGAGGUUCCAGAUAAUGGCUCCUUCUCACUAUUCACUCCCAUCAGUUUUGCUAACAACUUGGAUCUGUGUGGCCCAGUUACUGGACGCCCUUGCCCAGGAUCUCCUCCUCCUCCUUUCGUUCCACCACCACCAAUUUCUUCACCAAGUGGGAAUAGUGUCACUGGUGCAAUUGCCGGAGGAGUUGCAGCAGGUGCUGCUUUAUUGUUUGCUGCACCUGCAAUUACAUUUGCAUGGUGGCGUUGGCGAAAACCUCAAGAAUUUUUCUUUGAUGUAACUGCGGAAGAGGACCCAGAAAUCCAUCUUGGGCAGCUUAAGAGGUUUUCACUGCGAGAAGUACAAAUUGCCACUGAUAGUUUUAGCAACAAAAACAUUUUGGGUAGAGGUGGAUUUGGUAAGGUUUAUAAAGGUCGGUUAGCUGACGGUUCACUGGUGGCUGUGAAAAGAUUGAAGGAAGAGCAUUCACCUGGUGGGGAGUUACAAUUUCAAACAGAGUUUGAGAUGAUCAGCAUGGCUGUGCAUCGGAAUCUCCUUAGGUUGCAUGGGUUUUGUAUGACACCAACUGAACGGUUGCUUGUUUAUCCCUACAUGGCUAAUGGAAGUGUUGCAUCAUGUUUACGAGAGUGCCCUCCAUCACAACCUCCACUUGAUUGGCCAACACGGAAGAGAAUUGCAUUGGGAUCUGCUAGAGGUCUUUCCUAUUUGCAUGAUCAUUGUGACCCAAAGAUCAUUCAUCGUGAUGUAAAAGCUGCAAAUAUUUUGUUGGAUGAGGAGUUUGAAGCUGUUGUUGGUGACUUUGGUUUGGCUAAACUUAUGGACUACAAGGAUACUCAUGUAACUACUGCUGUACGUGGCACAAUUGGACAUAUUGCUCCAGAGUAUCUCUCUACUGGCAAAUCUUCAGAGAAACUGAUGUUUUUGGUUAUGGUAUCAUGCUUCUGGAGCUUAUCACUGGACAGCGGGCAUUUGAUCUUGCUCGGCUUGCAAAUGAUGAUGAUGUCAUGUUACUUGAUUGGGUAUGCAUAUAAUGUUUUCUUUUUCGCUAUCUUAGUCUUCAUUUAAUUGAUUUGCUUACUAUACUCUCUAUUCUCUAUCUCUUUAAAUGCUAAUUCAUCAACUGUUCAAUUUUUUCCUUGAUACUGCCCGAUUCUCAAUAUUAUUAUCUCUUACUUUGGGGAUAUGUAAAAACUAGUUGGAUUGAUAGUAGUUCCGAUGCCUUGUAGUAAUGAUAAAGCAAACUAUUUUAGCUUAAUUGAAAUAAGCUACUGUAGCAAAAGGCAUAGUUUCAUAAAAGUCAA